UUGGCUCUCCGCGUUCGUGCGCGAAGCGUGAUGGCUGUGCUGUGUUGCGUAGCGCUGUCUCCGUAAUAUCCGAAGGACAUCCUGAAAAGCCGCGUAAGCUGGCCUUACCACUUCGAAGAGUAGUAGGUGUUGUUAUAAUGAAAACCCGUGAUAGCGCGUCGGGCGACAUGGAAGAGUGCCGCCGAAUCAGCGCCAUAGAAGACUGCGAAGUGUUGUUAAACGAUUUGGCCGAUACGUCUGACCUACCGACGUCGCUCAUAAUUACGAACGUCGACGUUAGCAUCUUCACAGACCCGGAACAAAAGGCCAAGUUUGAGGGGAUGUUUGAGUGCAUCGAACCCGGCGCCAGUUUCUCAUACUUCCGCAGUUUCCGCCGUGCAAGGGUCAACUUCGAGAGCCCAGACUCCGCAGCCAGGGCACGCAUUCGCUGUGACCAGAUGCAGUUUGGUGAAAGCGUUCUCAACUGCUACUUUGCUCAGACAUCGUCACCGGACGAGGGCAAGGACGGCCACUUGCAACCCCCGCCUCUUGAGCGGCAGUUCCUCAUUUCGCCGCCUGCAUCACCACCCGUAGGCUGGGAACCUGCUGCGGAGCAGCAGCCGUGCAUCAACUAUGACAUCAUUACAGCUCUGGCCAGCCUUGCACCAGGCGAGCCACACGAGCUCCACCCAGCUUCAGAAACACAGCCGGGCAUCGUGGUGCAUGUCUGCGAGGAGGUGGCCUCGGCAGGAGCCCAAGCGGGAAAAGCCCACCUUCAUCCACACGCCCUGUCCCGAUCGGCAGUGUGAUGAAUCGUCCUAGGGCUGCAACCAUCCUGCUCCUCGUAACCACAGCUGGGGCAAUGCAGUUCCCCUUGAGAUUUGUAGCUGUCGUCGUGCCUGGUGGAAGCUGCAAUGUGUGCGAUACCCGGGCGGCUGCCUUUGUGGGGCUGUUCUCAUGACCAGGCAUCACUUCCGAGGCAUCAGUGUCGGUGUUCACCACUCACCCAAACCAGUGAUUCUCAAACAGUGGUCUCUCGGCUAUUUAGAGUCUGCGAAGGCAUUUUGCUAUGAUAUAAGAAGCCACUAUUCCUAACACCUCCUUCUUUCAUAUCCAGAUGGAACAGCCAGAUGGGGUCAUGCGUGUCCAAAAAGUAAUUGUACCAUAUUCUUGUGCGACCCCAUGUGCAUUGCCUUAAAUCUGUUUCAAAUUGAAUUUGGAAGUGACUACGUAAAAUAUUCAUUCCAGAUAUUGUCGUAUGCAUGUGGAACUGUAUGAAAUGGUUUAAUCAUAUUCUUGCAGUUAGGACUAAUUUUAUCAACUGUCAUGUCAUCACAGACGGCAAAAAGUGCCUGUUAAGUGUGUUUCGAAUAACACGAGUUGACAUGAAAAUCUGGAAUGUAUGGUCAAAAUGCCAACCUAGCACACGAUGGCACAUCUUCAUCACUGUGCUUAGGCAAUGAAAAAAUGUCUUUUUAGGUACAGAAACAUGAGAAAACGAUUAGUUUGUCCAUAUAUACAUGGAGGGAUCUUCAGCAUCUAACCAUGGUAUUUUAUAGUUUUUUUUUUCUACUUCUAACAUACCAGUUGGCAAUAAGAACACGCAUGAAAAGCUGUCAUGUCUGAGCUGUCUUCAGAUCUGACAAGAAUACUGGGUGUGCAAGGUAUUUGAGGACAUAAUGACUUUGCAAAUUGUCAUUGAUAUUUCAGUCAAAAUCAAAAUAUCUGUUGCAAAAAUCUUUACACUUUGUCUGCUACUGCUGUUGUUUAGGUCUGUUGAAUUAAACAAUCUUCUGCCUGAAUUGUUGAAUCAGUUCACCUGCAAUAAUGGCUGCAUGCUCGGAUCGAAUAGUGCCUGUUGAUGUUGGGCAGUGCUUCUGCAAUAACAGCUUUUAGCAUGUUUUAAGCAUUAUGUGGUUGUUUGUUACCCCAGUAACACUACACUUACAGCAUCAUAGCUGGUUUGUAUAGAGAACUAGGUCACUGUAUUUAGGGUGACGUGGCCUCAGGUGUUCACAGCUAGCGUUGUGGGUGCAACCAAAUUUAUUUCUUAGCAGUGGCGUUUAAUGAUGUCAUGCGCAAAAAGCUUGGCUACUGAAUCUGCCCCUUGAUGCUUCUUCAGAAAUUGGCUUUUCAGGGGUCUCAUUCAUGAUGGCCACCACCUACUGGCGAAAUCGCGUCUGACCACUGGCAGCACUUAUUCUUUUGUCACAGGUGAUAAUCAGCUAUGAACACUUCUCUUACCCUAAAAGCAAAGGAUUUUUAAACUUUUAAGAAGUUGGCGAUCUCAAAGGUGCUUCAGUCUGUGUGUUAGGCGACUAGGACAGCGUUUGGCUGCAUCUCCUGUGUCAGACUGGAAGCUGAUACCCUAGUAUAAUUGUGCUGGAUAGGUGACAACGGGGUUGGUGAAGACAAAGUUAGACCCCUAAACAGAUAGAACAAGAAUGUUACUGUCUAGGGCAUUCAGAAGCUGUGUUCUCAAAUACCUCAUGCACCCGGUAUGUGAAUCGCACCUUUCUCGGGACUAUUUGAAAAUAUGUUUUGUGCUAGAACAGCAGGAUGCAUCAAUGACCAUGAAAAGUUGAAACACGCAAGCUUUCCCAGGUUAAUAUGUUACGCAUGUCAAUACGAAAAGCCAAACUUGCAGUCGUAUUAGUUGUGGCAACUUAUCCUGUCGUCAUUGUAAUAUCCCAAUGCACCAUUCCUGCCAGCUAGGUCUUGCACUAGACUUUACAGGCUGACAAAAGGCCUCCAGAUGCAUUUAUUGUGGAGAACCACCGUUCACGGUGAACAAGACCCUUUGAGCACAUGUCCCGUCAGCAGUGCUUUCACAUCUUCACAGCAUGGACAAAAGAAACAUUUCACCAUUAACAAACACCUGUUUCUGCAGUGAGGCAUGAUACUGAAUGUUGCAAAAGGCAAAGUAUAUGUUGAGAACAGAGACCAUCGUUGAACUGUCAAUAAACGGUGGUGAACGCCUGCAUUGCCUAUGGAGCAACAAAUCAUGGCUACUGUACUGGUAACAGAUUGAUUUGUUGAAGAGAUGAUUGAUUUAUUUCAAAUUUUAACCUUAUCAUCUAUGCCAAGUGGUCGUCUGUAUGGCUGUAGUGUGAUUAGAAUUGAUAAAAAAGUAUUUGUUGCAAAAGCAUGGUCUAUGUGACCUUUGUUGAUACUGAAGGAGUAACAUGCCAGCAAUAGGUGUAAAAGCAAAAUACAAGCUUCAAAGCCACUUUAUUAUCACACAAGAUGCCAUUGUCAGUCCACCCAAGGCUAGGUAAGUUGCUUAAUAAUCAAGAAGCAUCAUAUAGAGUUUGAAAGUGAAUUUUAAAGUAAAGCGGUCAAAAGUUCUGUCCUACAGAAGAAUGAACCAGAUGCAUUAAAAUUACCGUGGAUCUCUUACUGCCAUGCGAUCAUGAGAUUGACACCGCAGUUUUGGUGCAGAACCAAAAUAUGGGCAUUUGGCCUUCGUUUUCACUUCUUAAUAAGCCACCAUCAUUUGCCAAACAAAUGACAAGGGAGUUUCGAAAGAGUAAUCGGCCAAUCUGGCCUGUCGUAGAGGUUUUGUUUUGUGUGGGCUUGUUUGUUUCAUUUUUAGUUUUUAGGGCACCCUGUUACCUAGCAGUAUUGAUGCCAGCAGCUUAAAAUGGAGAUGUUUGUAAGUAGCAUUCACAUAGAGUCGAAUUAGCUAACUGUAGCGUACUAGAUAAUUUUUCAUUUUAGUUUGAUGAUUCAACUAGCUGCUAGUGGUGUGUUGAUGCUGUGUGAUGGUCUGCAAGUUCAAGGGCAACAGCAACAAAAAAAAACUUUUGCUAAAUUGUUAAUAAAUGAGUAGCAUACACUACUGGAACUAUCUAUCUUGGCAAAGGUGCAGGCUGGUAAGUCAGAUUUUUUUAUUAGCAGCCUUAAUAUAGCACUUAAGCAGACAAUGCAUGCACCUGGUGGUUAGCGGAUGUGACGCUAGUCCCAGCACAUCUUAUCCGAGACUUUUGAGCACACCUCGGGCGGUGAGUGGUAAUGGUAGUGGUUCGUCUUUCUCUUUUUUUUUUAAUAGUUUCCGUUUUAAAAACAUUUGCAAGCCUUUCUUGAUGCAUACGCUCGGAUUUCAAGCAAGAUUUUGCACAGAGGCUGCUCUAUAUCUAUGCUAUCUGGAACUAGGCUUCUUGCACAGCCCAAAAUUUUGUUGCUGUUGGCCUUUAACAUUUGUUCGUGACCAGAGUUUUUGUUUUCUUGAAUAGCCUAGCAUUCAGGAAAACUUGUCUGUGAUGCUUAUCGCCCUCUUAUGAUGUGUGCGCUAGUCCUAUGCGGUCCAUUGCAUUAAGUGGUUUACGCUGGUGACUAGCUCUCCAUCUUCCUGCCUGAUAUUGUUCUUGCUUUGCUACAUGGCACAUAUUGCAAGAAGUUUGUGAAAAUGGCAUGCCACCCAUCAAACUUGUAGUAGCAUUGUUGCCUUUGCAAGUGUAGUAGCAUUUGCCAGCUUCUGCGGCUGUGCAUAGGAACUUCAGUAAUUGCUUCUGCUAUGGCUUUUGGACACUAGUAUAUUGGCAAUUGGGUGUAAGUGCAAGCCUCUUUUGCCAAUUUCCUGUGUUAUGGCUAUAUAUUUUUUUAAUGUGGACAAACCUAAAAACAGCCUUGCUUGAUUUUAAUAUCUGUUAUCAUUCACUGGUAAUGUCAAAGCACUCUGGUUGGUGUCUGGUACAGAACCUGCGAUUAGUGAACAGUGGUGAUAGUACUGCUUUAAAUCGUUACGCUCGCUUGAUGAAACCUGCUUGUUGCAGCAUUAACAGGGAUGUAAAUGUUGUAGUCAGCAUACAGACAAUGUUGUGGGCUGGCACCUUGUAAGUGCAGUGAUUUGUUGGACCUGCCGGUGCCUCUCGGUCGCCAGCCGUGCAAGUACUUGGCACCGGUCAGAAGAACCCCAUAACUGGCAAGUGUCGUGUAAAGAAAUCUCAGCAUCUGGAAUGCUCCAGCCAUGUCGUUGUUGUUGUUGGUUUGCGUUUGUUGUGUGCCACGCGAGCAUUUAUGCAAUGUUUUUCUCGUUACGUGAUACAGAGCCUAGCAAACUCAUGCUUCUGCUGCCACAAAAUGUUGUCUGCUAACCGCCAAGCUGGCUGGACGAAGCUGUGAUGAUGAUGAUGCAGUCGAAUCCUCACUCGCAGAGCAAAUGUGAAGAAUGCAUGGCCACGACCACAGUCAAAAAAGCUUUAAUUGUCCAAUUGGUUUGCAUCCUGGAUCCCAACUCCUCAAAUUUUACUGAACUGGUUGCAAUAUAGUUGGGAUUGCGUUUUCAGGAUGCGAAACAGCUGGACCUGUUAACUUUUUUACUGCGAUCUGGUGGCUUUGCCCUGGAGAUUGAGUUCAGCUGUGAUAAUUGCUGCAAUUGUAACGUUUGGCACUGCUCACUUUUUUAAGUUCUUGUUGACUGAAAACACACAGUUAGCCAGUCAGUGUCUUUUGUUAUAGGUUCUGACGAGCCACUUUGCACGUUGCAGCAAUGGUCACAUGGUAUGAGCACCAUGUUGUUUCAAACAGUGCAAUAUAUGAGAGAGCUUAUGAGCAAGCUUUGUAUUUAUGAUGUGAUUACAAUGUAGCCUAGUAUCUGUCUCAUGUUUACGUUGCAAAUACUGUAUUUAUUGUGCAUGAUGCUUCCAAAUGUAACUAUAUGUGAGAGAGAAAGCUCCCUGAAGGGGGAGUCAGUGUUGUGGGUGAAGCGAGCUGAAGAUAUUCUUCUAUGAGAGUUAGAAAAGGCAUCGUGAGAAAUAUUAAAUUAACCUAAAUAUAUAGAUUGCAGUGUCAGUGUUUCUGUGAGUACGGGCUUGGCGAGCCAGAAAGUAUGCAAAGUAAAACAGCGGGAGGCAACGGCACUUUGAAGCUCUCGUACUGGCUCACGGUAGCAUGGUGGAUUCUGGCUGAGGCUGAUUGGUUGCCGAUUGACAGAAGGGUGUUAUUUCGCAUCCGAAAUGAACAAAAACUCAACCCGGCAUGAUUUCUGGACCUUUCCUGCACGAAAAUAUACCACAGGGAAACACGCUAUGAAAUUAGUGACAGUGCUUUAAAACUCAGACCGCUCGGAAGCACUCGGAGAUUCAACCCGAGAGCGUGUCUGCUGUCCGACAAAAUUAAUACACCAUGUGACUCCUCUGAUUGCCCUGGGAGCAGCCAGACAUUCUGAUUGGGCAGGCGUUUUCUGGCUCCAAUCUCGACAGCGCUCUGCAUCACUGCAAAUUACAGUCGGAGCAUGGUACGAACCAGUCAAAUGUACCAUAAGCUCCAGCAGCUCAUUCUUUGAAUAUGCCACAGUAUUUGAGUAUUUAAGCUCGGGUAAGUUUCUUGCUUUUGGGCUUCGUUUCAAGACUCUAGCCGAUUGCUAAAUGCUUAGAGGCGCAUUGUGUUUUGCAUAUUGUGUUGCGCUCGGGCAUUUGGACAAAGCCAUGUCAUGCUACUUGGCACACUUUGCUCUCUAAAAGCGACACAGGCUGCUUAUGUAUAAAACAAAUUUUUGUUCAAACUGUUGUAUAUUCUUUGUGUAUUUAUUUAUCUAGCUGUUCAACGAUUGAUUGUUGUUGCGCUGACAGUGCUGCUUUGUUUUCAUACAUUGUUUGCUGAAAGGCAUGUUGUUUACUUUUUUCACCUUGUUUUGGCUUUGAUAAAGCUUAUUAUACAAACUGAA